AUGUUAGGUGGAGAUAAGCCACCAGAAAAUACGGAUGAGGGGGCACAGGUCCAAAACAACCGCAACCAUGGUGCCAGGGUUGAUGGACCGUGGGUUUUCGGUCUCAAGCAUGGAAAUGACAGUAGGUAUUUUUACGUAGAACGCCGUGACAAGGAUACUCUUUUACCUAUUAUUAAAAGGGAAUGUGAAGGUGGUUCCGUCAUUCAAUCAGAUGAGUGGCCCUCAUACCGAUGUUUAACAUCAGAAGGGUUCAUUCAUGAAACUGUUAAUCAUCAAGAAAAUUAUGUUGACCCCUUAACAGGUGCGCACACACAGGGUGUUGAAAGAUCAUGGUUGGAUGCAAAAAUAUCCAUACUGAAGAAAAAGAGAGGCGUACCUAUCCAUAUGCUUCAGUCACAUUUGGAUCAGUAUUGUUGGAAGAUGUGGCGGAAAAGUCAACCAGAUUUGUUCAUUGCAUUUUUAGAAGAUAUGCGGGCGACAUACAUAAUUAACGACGACUAA